CUGUGAGGAUCGCUGUCCGCGCAAGCUGCGCAGCAACUCACCUUGUGGCCCAAGGCAGUCUCCACCGGUAGCCACACGAGACUUGCUGUACUGUAGGCACAGUCACACGCUGGAGCCAGGGUAUCACUCACUAUUGGAGUGGACGCUGCUUCUUAACCGCAGAUGCGCUCUCCAAGCGUAGCGGUCGGCCAACAUCUGCUUCGUUAGUCGAGUCUUGCACCUCCGCUUUCCGACUUCAGAUUCUGCAACCAACAUUCACCUGGGAUAUGGCGGAAGAUGAGGCGGACAGCAAGUCAAGUGCUGUUCAGUCCCUACAAGACAUGCACUUGAAAGAGGAGGUCGGUGACGGCGACGUGGAUGUGGAUAUGAAUACCAUAUCGGUUGCACAUGCAGUCAAGAAGGAGCCCUCUCCUCCCAUAAGCGGCGCAGACACGGCAUCCGGGACACCGCGCAGCACCAAGAAACAAUCGCGGUCAUCCGUGAAGGUUGAUAUAAUGGCUCAAUCACCGAUCAAGGCUGAGCAUCAGGAGGUACUGGGCGGCGAUGUGACGCUGAAACUAGAGCCGGGCAAACCCCCGAAGCUGGCGCGGACGACGUCGCAAAAGGUUGAGAAGCGGCCACCCCAGCUGUUCCUAGACUACGAGGACAAAACGAGCGAAGCUACGUCGACCUUCGGCGUCCUGCCGGAGUGCACAUAUGCCAACAAAUACCUGGGCACGACUGAGCCUGCGCUCGAGUGCGACUGCGCUGAGGAGUGGGACUCCAUUUCACGUAGCAAUCAUGCCUGUGGCGACGACUCCGACUGCAUCAACCGUGCUACAAAAAUGGAGUGCGCGGCGGAUUGCGGGUGUGGAGCAGCUUGUCAGAAUCAGCGCUUUCUCCGCAAACAGUUCGCCGAUGUCACGGUCAUCAAGACAGAAAAGAAAGGCUAUGGCUUGCGAACUAACACUAACCUCAAAGCAAACGACUUCAUCUUCGAGUACAUUGGCGAGGUUAUUGGCGAAAAUGUCUUUCGCCGGCGAAUGCAGCAAUACGACGAAGAGGGCAUCAAGCAUUUCUACUUCAUGUCGCUUACAAAAGGGGAGUUUGUUGAUGCAACCAAGAAGGGCAACCUCGGACGUUUCUGUAAUCACUCUUGUAAUCCUAAUUGCUAUGUCGAUAAAUGGGUGGUUGGGGACAAGCUGCGCAUGGGAAUCUUUGCCGAGCGCAAAAUCCAGGCUGGAGAGGAGCUUGUUUUCAACUAUAAUGUCGACCGCUAUGGCGCCGAACCUCAACCCUGCUACUGCGGCGAGCCCAAUUGUACGGGCUACAUCGGCGGCAAAACACAAACUGAGCGCGCCACCAAGCUGUCCAACGCCGUCAUUGAGGCUUUGGGCAUUGAUGAUGCUGACGCCUGGGACACAGCGGUGGCAAAGAAGCCGCGCAAGAAGAAGGCCGGUGAGGAUGACGAGGAGUACGUCAACAACGUUGAGCCUAGGGGCCUUGACGAAGAAGGCGUCAACAAGGUCAUGUCCACACUCAUGCAGUGCAAAGAGAAGUGGAUUGCAGUUAAGCUGCUCACCCGCAUACAGCGCGCCGAUGAUGAGAAGGUUCGGAAUCGUGUCGUGCGCUUUCACGGCUACCGCGUGCUCAAGACGGCGCUCUCUAACUUCAUCGACGAUGUCAAUGUGUGCCUUCAGGUCCUCGAUGUUCUCGACAAGAUGCCACGCCUAACCCGCAACAAGAUUCAGGACUCGAAGAUUGAAGAGACAGUCGAAAAGCUCAAAGACAACAAUGAUGAGAGAGUAUCAGCACUUGCAAACACCCUACUUGAGGCAUGGAGCAGACUAGAGGUCGCUUACCGAAUACCAAGGAUGAAGCGGGACCCUAACGCCACCGCGCCUGAUCGUAAGGCUGAGCGACCAGACAGGCGCGAAAACGAACGGCGCAGGUCAAAGUCGCGAUCCCGAACAAAAUCACCAGAUCGUAUUCAAGCGCCCACCGGGCCUCGCGGGAAUGCAUCAGCCCGUGGUUCUUCCUUCUUCGGCGGGACCCGACCACCACCACGUUUCCGGCCUCCACCACCGCCUAGUGCCCUUCCACCCGGCUGGUUCGAAGCUACAGCAGCGAAUGGUACCAUCUACUACUACAAUGCAGCAGGUACAACGACGUGGCAACGACCGAUCAUGCCGGCAACUGGUGCACCUCCGCCCCCGCCACCCAAGGCUGUGUCUGAUCAACAGAUGCUACAGGACCUCAUUAAGAACAUCGUAUCGAGCAAGAAGGAGCCAGUCAAGCCCACGUCAGAGACCGUCACGCCAGUAGAAACGCCGAAGAAGGUGCGCAAGGAAGAUAAGUGGCGAUCUCUGCCGGAAGAGAAGCAAAAGAAGAUGUACGAAGGUGCGCUCCAACCGCACAUCAUGCAUGUCGUUGGCAAGUACAAGCACAAGCUGGAGAAGGAUGAUCUCAAGCGCUGGGCGAAGGAGUUCGCCAAGAAGAUGGUAGACUCCGACUUCAGGAAGGGCCGCGUAGACGAUCCAUCUAAAAUCAGCGACAAGCAAGCCAAGAGUGUGAAGAAGCAUGCACAGGAGUUCUUCGAGAAGGCAGUGAAGAAGAAGACGGAGGCGGAUAGACGGAAGGCGGAGAAGCAUGCCGCGAAGAAGGGUAAUGGUGGUAAUACACCCAUGGGUACACCUCCCGCUACCGCUGGAAGUCCUAUGGACAAGGAGAUGGAUGACGCUGUGCUGUCUGACGAUGAAGCCGACGAGCCCGAAGCCACGCCCGUAGACUACAGUGACAGUCCGACGGUGGCGAAGCGGAGAAUCAGUAGCACCGAAAAUGGUACUGCAGAUGAUGAGGAUACAACUCUGAAGAGGCAGCGCACAGAGUCCGAGCAACCGCCGGCUCCUCCACCUCCGCCUCCGCCACCCGCCGAAUCUGCUAUGGAGAUGGAUGACCCAGUCCUCACGCCAAGCGAGGACGUUUCUGGCUCCUUCACCCACGAAGCGAUCGCCGCAGUCCACGAUGCAGCGGUUGCUGUGGCGCAAGCGAACGGCGAUGACCGGUUUUCCUUCAAGGGCGCAGCAUCUCGACCGAGCUCAGCUCAGCAGCAUCGCGACUUUGACAACACCAUGCAGACUGCGACACCUCCCACGACAGGCUCCCCGGAUGACGACACCGACAUGGAUCGUCAGCGCGAUGAUUUCGCUGGUAUCAAUCCUGAACGCUUGCGACAGCUGGGGCUUGUCAAUGGGAGUGGUGCAUAGUCGGUCACAUUAUCGAGGUCGGCAGGCAUGCAUUUUGGCUUGCGUCCAAGGUCCACGAGGAGCGACGUAUGCAAUUCAACAGUGUGCGCUGGCCGGGCUCUCGCGGAGGCGCCUGCAGCAGGCUCUUGAGAAUGCUGUAUUGAGUUGACCUUCGAGAGUCAUUACUAAAUACUCACUUCUUGGACACUUCCGGUCGG